CUCAUAAUCCGUCAUUGUGUGGUGAUCGGCUUGCGCAGAUGAAUAUGUUGUCAGCGAUGCGAAAUCAAGAACCGCAUGUGAUGCUUUUGACGUCAUAACAGUAAAGUAAAUUGCCCAUUGACCUUUCAUCACCGGUGUCAUUGUUCCAGGAAUUUGAAAUCUAGAAGCCAGAAUCGGAAUAUAUAUAAAGCAUGGAACUACGCCAAGUGACAGUUCCUCCUGCAUCCAAGUCAAUUAUUAUCUAAAAACCUUACAACCACAUCAAUUCUCAUCAUGUCCGCAAACAACUUCACCGGCACCAACCCCAGUGGCGCUAACCAUCCCACAACAACUCACACCACUACCACUUCUACCACCUCCACUGCUGGUACUCACGGCGCAAAUGCUGGUGAGGGCUUGAAGGGCAUGUUCGCCAAGGGCCAUGGCAUUGGCGAGUCCAUUCGUGGCAACAUCAACUCCGCCAUUGAUGGCUUCACCGGCGACAGUGCUUCCAUGGCCAAGAACGAGCAGGUCGCUCGUGGUGGUGAGCAGGAGUUUCAAACCGGCAACUUCGUCAAGAAGGGCACCAUGGACAAGGCUCUCUAGAGAGCGGAUUAUUCGUUUUGUCCUUUGUACUACCAUUACGAUACCAUGAUACCCCGAUCUGAUAGAUGCUAUCAGCAAUGAAUUAUAUUCACUUUUCAAACACUU